AUGGCCCCUACGCGCAGAAGAUAUACGGAAGAUGUUUUGAUCAUUGGUGUCUCCGAAGCAUUGGUCAGAGCUGGUGGGGACAUCGCAUCAGUAAUGCUGAGGCUGCGCUGGCUGGGACAUGUACUUCGCAUGCCAGAAGACCGUCUUCCUCGCAGAGCUCUUUUCGUCCAGCCCAGUAGAGCGGAAGCGACAGAGGUGGACAUCGGGUGGGUAAUUGCCGCCUCCCUGGAUGGGGACUCCGAGGCUCCAAUCACCAAUGGCGAACGACACUGGCGGAAACGGCCCAAUCAUGCAGUCAGUGGCGCUCAUGCAUCAAAGCUAUCGCCCCAAUGCGUAGCUACCCAAUUUCCGAACAAAUUGGACAUGCUUUCGUCUCCAAGGCUUGGUUAUAUGUUUUACUCUCCGUCUUCCGAGGGAGUAAAACUAGUGAUCAAUACUUACCUUUUCUUCACAUUCGACGAAAACUUCUUCAAAAAAUUCGUCAAAGAUCUGUUGCGCUUGCACUUCAGUCAAGUUAACUGGAAUAACGGAUGCGACAUAGGAAUGCACGAGAUAAGCGAUGAGGACAGAAAUUUAUGGAAUUGA